AUGUUAGACGAGGACGGGCUGACCGAUGAGCCAAUUGAUGAUGUCACACCAUCAGCCAUUGAAGCGAACAAUGGCGCUGUUCUACCGGACGCUGAGACUGAGGGGGAUGCCUUUGGCGGCCAGCAGGCCAUAACAGAACAACAGUCACAUUCAGAGCAGGGCGAAGUACAGGAUAACGAUAUGUACUUCAUAAACUCGAGCGUGACACAACCGCAGAAGGAUAAUGAUGGUCAAAACGCAUACAUAUCCUAUCUCGUUGAGACUGAGGUUAGUAUUGCUAUUUUGCUAAUCACCGAUAGCACCCAUCUUUCCAAUAACCCUGUGUUUCAGAGUACCAAGUUUGUCGUUAGACGUCGUUUCUCCGAUUUCUACUUCCUAUAUCAGGUCCUACUCAACGAUUUUCCAGCAUGUGCUAUCCCACCACUCCCAGACAAACAAAGGUUGGAAUACCUGAAAGGUGAUCGUUUUGGGUUAGACUUCACGAUGAAGCGUGCAUCCUCUCUCUCAAGAUUUCUGAAGAGACUCUCAUUGCAUCCAGUUCUAAAGAAGGCUAAGAUUUAUCACAUCUUUUUGGAGACCCAUGAUUGGAACUCUUACAAACAACAUUUGAAGUUGAAAGGCACAGCCGAGUCAAGCUCCGAUGGCGUUGCAGAUGCGCUUAUCAAUGCGUUCAAGACUGCAAGUGUUCAAAACCCAGAGUUUGUUGAGAUUAAGGAGAGAUCCGAUAAACUUGACGAGAACAUUAGCAGGAUUGAUAGAAUCUUCAAUAAGAUCUUGAAGAGGUACACCGAUUUGGAACAAGACUACUUUGAUUUCAGCAUACAGAUUAGAAAACUGGCAGAGUUGGAACCGGAUCUUGAAGUCCCAUUCAUCAAAUUCAGCGAUGGGUUAAACGAUUUGAGUCUUGGAUUCCAGAACUUGAAGACCUUUUUGGACAAUGAGUACAUCAUUUCCUUAAAAGAUUUGGAGCAUUACAUCACAGCAAUUAAAAAUUUGCUCAGAUUAAAGGAUCAAAAACAGAUUGAUUAUGAAGCGCUGACUGACUAUUUGGACAAGAGCGUUGCAGAAAAGAACCUCAUCUUGUCGGGUGGCGGCUCCAACUUCUUCACCAAUAAGUUUGAAGAGUUACGAGGUGUUAAUCAUGACCUUGCAAGACGCGACAGGCUGAACAAACUGGAGAACAAGAUUGAGAAUCUAACCAAAGAAGUGGCUAAUGCGAAGGAUGUUUGUGAACAGUUUGAGAAACAGACUCUUCAUGAUAUUCAGUACUUUGAAAGUAUCAAAUCUGUGGAAUUGAAGAGUACCUUGGGAGACCUAGCAGACAAUAACAUCAAGUUUUACCAAGAUUUAAUCGACAAAUGGACCAAGAUCGAAGAAGAACUUAAGAAGUGA